AUGAGAUAUGUUCUAUUUUCGCUGAGUGCGUUCGUCUUCUACGCCAUCUUCUACUUCUCCUACGUCAAUGGGCUCCAUGAGCUGGGACACAAGGCUGUUGGAGCGGGCAAGUUGCCCGGUACCGAUGAGCCCUUGCGCACACUCUACACCGGCGUCGAACCAAUUGAUCGUCUCCUGGCGCUCUUGACGACAUUCUUCUACCCCGCGAUGGACGGGCAGAGUCCCGGUCUUCUGCUUCACAGUAUUGGAUUUUCGGGUACAUUCGGUGCGGCGUGGACACUUGUGGUGCUGGAGUCCUGGCGGAAGGGCAAUGCCGGCACAGUGGCUGCUUACCCCAUGCUAUUCGGUCUCGCAGCGCAAGUCUUCACCUUUGCGUUCGCAACCCCCCUCUUCCUGGCUCUGCAGAUGGGCUGCUCCAUCACGGCGCGCCGACCCCAGGCGGAUAACAUUCGCGUUCCGCGGGCCGUCCUCGCCAGUCUACCGGUUAUUUUCCUGAUCGGAUUUAUGAUCCCCAGCCACGCGAUGGUCCUCCCGGCUCCAGACGUGAUCUCUGUCGACUGGAAGCAGAUCGCCAUUGCAAUCUGGCAGCCGUGGCCCGCCUACGUCUCCAUCCUGAGCACGGUGUCCUACUACAUUCUAUCGCCAUUCUUCUCAAACAACCACCGGGCCUCGAUGUCCAGUCUACGCUGGGUCUACGCCUUUGCAUUCACGAAUGCCUCGGCUUCCCACCUUGUUUCGUGGAUCGUGUCGCUGGCUACCGUCCAAGUCCCCGUUUUGUUCCAGGAGCGCUUCCUCGAGUCGCUGCAUCCGAGCAAGGUGUUUGAAGUCCCGAUCCCGUGGUCUGGUCUCAAGGUUGAGACGGUACCCCAGGGUGUCCAUGCGUUCUUGCGCUGGGACUAUAUUAUUGGGUCUGCUGGCGUGCUUAUCUGGGCUUUGUCCAUGUAUGUCGUGGCGCACAAGCAGAUUCUCUCGACCGUUGCCUGGCCGAACUUGUUGGUUAAGGUUGGACUGUUGACUGCUCUGACUGGGCCUACUGGAGCGGCUGUUGAGUUGAUGUGGGAGAGAGAUGAGCUUGUGUUUAGUGAGACUGGUCGGCAGCAGCAGGUUACUAAGACCAAAAAGUCUUCUUAG